ACCAACUAGGGUUUUAAGAAAAAGAUAUCGUCUUCUCCUUCUCGUUAUCAACCGCUGUUUCUCUCUUCAUUUUUCUCACAGAGAAGCUGGAACAAUGGAGAUUGACUGAGAACAUUCGUUUUCGAUCGUUCUUUUUUAUCAACAAGUGAGGGUUUCGUGAAACUAGAUGGUAUUUUAAGUGUGGUUUAACUUUAGUGGUAUGUGGUGACUGAUACGAGUUGACCUGGUUGUUUAAAACAGAGAUUUGAUUACAAGAGAUCGUCGAGAUGGUUUCAAACAUAAAGAGGAAAUUUGUUAAAUACCCAGUUAUGAUUUUUAGGGGUGAAGAGUGGGAUACUAAUAAGGUCAAGUAUUUUGAUCAAUUUGGUGUGAACUGUGGUGGAUAAAGUGGUUUUUAUGAUGUUUUUCAUGCCGCAUUUCAGUUACCACCCAUUAAAAUGGUUAAUCUCACUUAGUUCAGUGAGACAAACCCAUUUUAUAUUGAUAACAAUGAAGAAUUCUUUGAGAUGUGGGAUAGAGGAGCUAUAGAAGAUGAUGGUUAUGUUCAUCGGUACAUGAACCAAACUAACAGGAAGGUACCUCAAUUCCCUUCAAGUUCUUGUGUUUCAAAUGCUAAGAGUAUGUCAACACCUGUGAAGAUCAAAAGCACUACAAUCAUGCACAAGAAUUUAGCUGCAUCACCCGUCACUCUUGAUCCUAGUAUGUUUUUAACACCUAAGAAGAGGGUCAUAUACAGUAAAUCACCAGAGUUGAUUAGGAUAUGUCCAAGGCUUGUUUCUAAGGCUAUUGCUGCAGUCAGUGGGGGUAGUGGUAGUAUGAAUGGCAAGAAAUUGUUUGUUAAUUUGGAUGUUGAUGAAGUUGAAUGUGGUGAAGGUGAAAUACCUGACAAAACAAGAAUGGAUGAGUUGGAAUAUGUGAACAUACAACUGGAAAACAAUGAUGAAGAUGUCUGUCAUCCCUUUGAUGAUUGUAGAAGUCCAGUUUCUGAUACUGAAGAAAUGGUAAUUGGAGUUUACAUGAAUUUUGUGAACAAUUAUUUUUGGGGAGAGAAAAGUUUUGAUUAUUUACAUCCCCAACAGUAUAAGAAAGCUGUGGAGGCUCAAGCAAAAGAAGGCAGUACUGAUAUCAUGGAGUAUGAUCCAAGAGGAAAAGCAGUAGUAGUUGAUGAAGAAUCUGAAGGAUAAGAAGACAGUAGUAGUAGUUGUGGUGAUAGCUCUGAAGGUGGACAUACUACUCCCCCAGAACUAGAAGAUGUAAAGUAUGAUGGUUAUACUACAUACCAUUACAAACAGUUUGAGGAAGUAUGGUGAUGCAAAAGAAUUUGUAGAUGUUGAUACAGUGUUUGUAGGCAUGGAGUUUAUGGACUCAAAAGACUUCAAGAACCAGGGCAUAUAUGUUAUCAAGAAAGGAUUUCAGUACAAGUUGAAGCCUAAUGCCAAGGAAAGGGUUAAAGUGAUUUGCAAGUAUAACAAAUCUCAGGGGUGUAAAGGUUUUAUAUAUGCAAGUGUUAGAACUGGUGAAUCUACUUUUGUUGUCAGAAAGUUCAACUUGAACCAUACAUAUGUUACUGAUCACUUGAGCAGGAAUAGAGCAGUAAAUGCUGAAUUUGUAGCACAAUAUUUGUAUGACAAGAUAAAGAGGGGAGACUCAAUGCCACUUCCAUGUAGUCCAUGUAACCAAUUCCACACUACACAUGACACCAGUAUACCUUAUCAUGUGGCUGGGAGAGCAAGAACUAUGACAUUGGAAAGACUUGAUGGCAGCUAUGAUGAAUCUUACAAGCUGGUUCCAGCCUUUUGUGAUAUGGUAGAAAAGACCAAUCCUGGUUCUGCGUCAAACUAUACAAAUGGAAGUCCAGUUUUUUUUUUUUCACUUUUAUUAUAAGUUCUUAGUAACUUUAUAUAAUGUAUAUGCUCAGUUUCUGAUUUGUAAAAGUUUCUUUGUUGUUUAAUUGUAGUGUUGAUCACUGCUUUGAAUCAAUGAUGAUUGCUUUUGCAGCACCAUUGAAAGCAUUUAAGGAUGGUUGUAGAAAUGUAAUUGUUUUUGAUGCU